CAACUUACAGCUGCGUACAGCUGCGUACUACCACACGUUCUUCACGCCCCUCCACACGAACUAGCUUUCCUCUUCGCCCUUUAUCAUGCAGUCUCAGGGUCAGACUCGCGGCCAUCGUACACCACCCCAACCUGUCAGGCGCACUUUGUUUUCCAGAUUAUCAUCUGGCAUGCCAUCUGUAUUCAACGUUAUUCGUGCUUGUGUAUAUUCCAUUGUAAUCUUAUGGAGCAUCAUCUGCCUCGCCAUCGCGGUGCAUUUUCAAAGCAUCUUGAGCUCUUCCGAUCUCACACGUUUUGUCCCAUUCGCGAUCUUCGUCUCGAGUGCCAGUCUUGCCAUCAUGCUUGCCAUUUCGGCGCUUAGUUUCAGGAAGAACAUGAAUCCCGUAUCCACUAGAAUUGAGCUAGCUUGUCUGGGUCUUGCGGGAACAUUUUGGCUUGCUCUUGGGGCAUUCUUGGCCUCUUCGGAUUCCGAGAAUGCGAGCGUCGAAUGUUUCGCAUCCGAAACGGAUACAGAUCCCAUUAGCGUGGAAGGAUUUUCGACGGAUACCUACCAAGCACAGUACCGAGUCUUGGAAGCAUUCUCGCUUUUCAACGUUGCUCUCGUAUGGGGCUUCUUGCUUCUCCUCUUCGGCUUAGCUCUCAGGCAGUAUCUGCUCGGGAACAGACACGUCUGGCUGACACCUGUCACGACUUACAAUUGGUUCGGCAAGGCUGCGAAGCAAUCG